AUGAGGGAAUACACACUGGCAGCCGCAGAGCGUAUGAGAGAGCUGCGAAGACUAGAUGCCAAGGAGCACAGAGGAAAGACUCCCCUGUUGGUUGCUGUAGCUGCCAGACAACCAGCCAUAGUCUAUGAUUUGAUACUGACAGGGGCUGAUGUCAAUGCUGUGGACGAUAAAGGGCAAUCUGCGUUACACCUCGCGGCAACAUAUGGAUACGCACAAGUCAUUCAGUUAAGGAUUGAGAAAACUCCCAAUCCACAAUUCUGUAUCCUCCAACUAGACAUCCAGCAAAAACAGGUUAUUAUGUCACUAGGUUUCCCGUACGAUUUAGAAAUGAAGGAUUUUGAAGGCCAUACCCCACUUCACUGUGCUGUUCUGUCCCAUAACUCCCUGUUCCGAGAGCAGCAAUGUCACCUUACACUAACCGAGGAACAGAGAAAAGAACUUCAGUACCAGAGUGAGGAGGUGCUAUCAUGUAUCCACCUUCUGGUGCAGAUGGGAGCCUCCAUCCACAGCCGAGAUGUUAAAAGCAACAAGACAGUACUUCAUUACACGGUACAGGAUGGGAACAUCUCCCUGCUCAAGUACUUCUUAGAACUAAAUGCUUUCAUGUCUGAGGACUUUGUCAACAGUAAGGCUCAUGGUAACACAGCUUUGCACAUGGCAGCUGCUCUUUAUCAGGACAAAAAUCAGGAAGAAAUUAUCAAAUUGCUCCUGGACCAUGGGGCAGACCCAAGCAUCCGAAACUUAGACAACGACCAGGCAAUUCACAUGGCACAGUCAGGAAAGGCUGGCGAUCGGAUGUUUGGGAAGGACGUUGUCAUGCUGAGCAAGUAUUUGGGAGAAAUGAUGGUCACGGCUAUGCUGGACCAAGGAGAUCAGGAUUCAGGUCUCAGCUCUUAA